GGUUGUCACUGGGUGGGCGGGACCGUGCGGAGGUCACUGGGUGGGCGGGGUUCUGGCCGCCGUCAGUUCGAGCUGAACGGAGUGUGGGAUUCAGCGGCCUUUGCAGUGUCUCAGCAGCAGCCGACCUCUAAUUCUACCUCCAUUCUCCCAAACUGACUGGGUUUGUGUGCCAUGACUGCAGAGCUGAUUGGUGAUGAAGACGGGUUCUACUCCAAAGCCCAGAAAUACUGGAAGAAUAUCCCGCCGACAGUGGAUGGCAUGCUGGGUGGGUACGGGCACAUCUCCAGCAUUGACAUCAAUUCCUCCAAGAGGUUUCUACAGAGAUUUGUUGGGGAAGGCUCCGGGAAAGCAGGGGUGGGCUGCGCACUGGACUGCGGUGCUGGGAUUGGCAGGAUCACCAAACGACUGCUGCUGCCUCUGUUUAAAGUUGUCGACAUGGUGGAUGUGACGGAGGGCUUCUUAGCCAAGGCUAAGGCCCACCUGGGGGAGGAAGGCAAUCGUGUGGGCAACUACUACUGCUGCGGUCUGCAGGACUUCAUCCCACAGCCCCAGCGAUAUGAUGUUAUCUGGAUCCAGUGGGUGAUAGGGCACCUGACAGACGCCCAUCUCACCCAGUUCCUCAAAAGAUGCCAAAAAGGUCUUCGGCCGAAUGGAAUCAUCUGCAUGAAAGACAAUGUGAGCCAGGAGGGGGUGAUUGAGGAUGAGGUGGACAGCAGUGUCUGCCGGGACCUGGCCUCCCUGCGUGCCAUCGUGCGGCUGGCGGGACUCCACGUGUUGGCGGAGGAGAAGCAGGAUAACUUCCCCGAUGAGAUUUAUCAGGUGUACAGUCUGGCCCUGAGGUGAAGCUAACUGACCCUGUGUGCGAGGUGGGGGUGUCGUAAAGGGAGAGCGAGAGAGAUAAAGGGAAAAGAAUGGCACACAGCUCCAGGGCACUAGGUGUAAUAUAAAACAAACCUGAAGCACAGCACAGCGGGAGCAGAACUGCAUUGAACUUUAUUCCUGAAUGGUAGCUCCGACAAUGACCUGGAACCUUCUUUCCACCAAGUGGAUGAAUCCAAUGAUCAAGGAAAGCAUUGAUUAACAGGAUGCUGAGAAGCAGUGUCAGCAAAUUAAUAUCUUUGUCUGUACUUUGACUAGCUACACCUAAUGAUCCACUGUAUUUCUUCAGAGCAGAGUUUCCAGGGAAGAAAUGGAAAGCGGGGAUAUUUUAAACAGUUUGUGUUUGUCAUGCAAAAUCAACUGAUUUUUCCAUUCACCAAAAGCUAUGAACUGGAGAGCAGCAAGUCCCACUCUGGACUGAAGCUUCUAAUCUGGGCUGCGAGUUUACCACAGCAAUGGGGGAAUGCUGCACCCUUGGAGGUGUUGCCUUUUAAACUGAGGCCCAAUGUGGCCAACGUUACUCCCUCAAACAGCACUACCAGUAAGCAUCAUCUGUCCAUUCAUCACGUUAACCUUUGAGGAAUCUUGCUCUGCACAACAUGGCUUCCCCAUUUUGCCUACACUUCAAAGCAUUUCAUUGUAUUUCAAGCACUUUGGGCCAUUACUUAGAGGCGGCCUUCCCUUGCUAAUAUUGGACAGGUACAAAUCUCAAACUGCAAGUCCUUCCAUUUUGAGGAAUUCUCCCCACUGGAGCCUCCAAUGUCUGCCUCCUCUCUCUUUCUCUCUCUCUCUGUCUCUCCCCCCAUUUCUCUCUCUUGCGCUCCCAGUCUGCAGCAACUGCUGCUACCAGAUUGUGUGGAGUUUAAGUUCUUAGGAAAUGCAUUCAGAUCCCACAACACAUUGAGGCCCAAGAAAUUUGGUUCAAUUUUUAAACAAUGCAAUUUAUCAGAUAUCAUAAUUUAUUAAAUAAAUGGAUUAUUUUUGUGUGAAA